GAGGAGAGAGGAGAGGAGAUGGGGAUUAUCCCACUUGAAGAAUACUAUUUCACUUCAGGUGUCUAAGAUGGAGGCCCCUCUGGUGAGUCUGGAUGAGGAGUUUGAGGAUCUGAGACCCUGCUACACUGAUGACCGAGAAGAAAAGUCCCAUUGUUUUUAUGGCUCAUCUCCCCACCAUCUGGAAGACCCCUCCUUUUCUGAGCUUGAGAACUUCUCUUCUGAGAUUAUCAGCUUCAAAUCCAUGGAAGACUUGGUGAAUGAAUUUGAUGAAAAGCUGAAUGUCUGCUUCCGGAAUUACAAUGCCAAAACCGAGAACCUUGCUCCUGUAAAAAAUCACCUCCAGAUCCAAGAGGAGGAAGAGAAUUUUCAGGAUGAGGAGGUCUGGGGUGCUCUAACAGACAAUUACAUCCCAUCCAUCACCGAGGACUGGAGGGACCCCAGCAUCGAGGUGCUGAAUGGCAAUAUUUCUGACUCGGAGAUCCACGAGAAGGAGGAGGAAGAGCUCAAUGAGAAGAGUGAAAAUGACUCUGGUAUUAAUGAAGAGCCUCUACUCACAGCAGAUCAGGUAAUUGAAGAAAUUGAGGAGAUGAUGCAGAAUUCCCCAGAUCCUGAAGAGGAAGAGGAGAUCUUGGAGGAAGAUGAUGAAGGAGAAACUUCCUCUCAGGCUGAUUCAAUCCUUUUGCAGGAGAUACAGGUUUUAACACAAACCUUUAACAACAAUUGGUCCUAUGAAGGUUUGGCGCAGAUGUCCGUGUCCGAGCUGGCUGAGCUGCUGGAUCAGGUGGAGGGCGCCAUCCGCGACUACUCUGAAGAGCUGGUGCAGCAGCUGGCUCGCCGGGAUGAGCUGGAGUUUGAAAAGGAGGUAAAGAACUCGUUCAUCACGGUGCUGAUGGAGGUCCAGAACAAGCAAAAAGAGCACAGAGAGCUGAUGAAAAGGAGGAGGAAAGAGAAAGGACUGAGUCUGCAGAGCAGCCGAAUAGAAAGGGGAACCCAGAUGCCUCUCAAGCGAUUCAGCAUGGAAGGAAUCUCUAACAUCUUGCAGACUGGUAUUCGGCAGACAUUUGGAAACUCAGCUACUGAUAAACAGUAUUUGAACACGGUUAUUCCGUACGAGAAGAAAGGGUCCCCUCCCUCUGUUGAAGAUCUGCAGAUGCUGACAAACAGAUGCCAAGUGAACAGAAAGAUUAACAAGAGUCACUGGAAGAUGAAAUUUGAACACAUGAAGUGAAAACAGGACGUGAAACAUACGGAAAACAAAAGUGCAUCUGACUGCUCUGUAAUGAAGUAAUUCGGUGUCUUUCCAUCCAAGGAAUUUCUAGGGUUUACAAACACUGAAUGAAACCUCUGGGUUGGGAAGUAGUAUGAUCAGGGCUCGACAAAUAAUACAAUCUAUUCACCCGUGGGCGAGUAGAUUGUAACCUGGAAGAGCCGGGUUCGGGCGAUCUGCGCAGAAUGAUCUACACAUGCGCAGAUUGCUGGACAGCGCGGCUGGCGAGCGGGGCUUUCCGCGGUUCGGCGAGCCCUGAUUAUGAUCCAAACUUUACAGAUGGCCACAGGGAUGUCACAUGACUUGUCCAAGGUCACACAGUAGGUCAGUGUGAAAACCCAAGUCUUUAGGUAUCUAGUCAUCACCAGUUUUCUUGGUGAAAACUGAAACAAAGAAAUCAUUAAGCGCCUUUGCCAUUGCUAAGUUUCCUGUUAUUGUUUCUC